GAACCAUCUUAUCAGGCGCUGCACCAAUGUAACUGCUCCUCUGCGCCAAGCAACGCGCCUGUUUUUUAUGGACAAGACAGGCAACCUCAACACCCCUGAUUCAAUUCUUACUUCCGCUGCUUCGAAUUCCCAAUCCGCUUCUGAGUCUGGAAGUUCUACCGCUGUCGUUCCCAUCAAGAGACGCAAAGCUUCGAAUUUAGAUGGAUAUAUUGAUCAACCAUUGAGUACAGAACAAAAUAACCUAGCAAAUGCAAAGCUGCUCCGCUUUUUCAUUCAUGCCAACAUUCUCUUCCAUGUUGGUGACGAUGUGUUUUUCCACGAGUUCAUCAACGUAAUACGUCCAUCAUAUCAUAUACCAUCCUGUUAUGUGUUAUCUCGUCACCUGCUCGACAGUGAAGCUGUCCGCGUCCAACAAGAGGAGAUAAACCGACUGAAGGAACGUAAAUGUCUUACCCUUCUCCUGGAUGUAUGGGAGGAUCUGCUACGGAGGAGCCUGUAUGGUUCACUUGCAGUUGAGGUUAAUCACCCUCCUGUAGUUCUCGCACUUGAGAACAUGACAGGACAGAGGGGCACUGCUGAAAAUCUAGUCACUGUGUCUAGGGAUCGUCACAGGUACGGGCAACCUGUGCGGGUCACGGGUAUGGGUACGGGUCUGGAUUUUAAGACCUGUGACCCACCGCAUACCCACCACUUCCAUAUAUAG